AUGAGGUGGAUACUCGAAACUCUCAAGACUCUUGCCAGCGAGGGCGUAAUGCUGGGAAAGAAAAGUAAAGACAAGUAUUUGGCCGACAAGAUACUUAGGAACAACAACUUGGAGAAGUCUCCCGGUGGCCUGGAAACAUACUCGGUGCGGGUGGACGCCAGCAAAGAACGCUGCUCGCAUCUCAACAACCUCAAAUGCAAGCUGUCUGAGGCAGCAGAAACACAGAAAAUCGGAAUCCGCGACUUCGUCCUUGAGAGCAGCUAUGUAAAGAACAUGCUUGGAUAUGAGAAGCGGUUUGUGCAGUUUCUUUCGCCCUUCCCCGUUGAUGAGAAGAACGAGGCAGUAUACUGCUGCGACGGGUGCUACUACAAGUACAAGCUGGAGACCAUAAUAGACAUGCUGGACUAUGCAUCCUUGGACAUUGAGGCCUCGCUAUUCGGUGCCAUUGGGUCUGGCAGAUUCACUCUGAUAGGUCUCAAGAAGAAACUCACGAAAAAGGAGAUUAAUGAAAAAUCGAAGGAAGAGGAGGUCGAAUACAAGAAGAUGGUAGCGCUGUCUAUGCAGCACAAUGGACAGGUGUAUUUAAUAGCAAGGAGCGGCAGGCGAAUCUGUCUUCUGUGCAUUGCAGAGCAUGUCUUUGAGGGAGGGGUGAACUCAAGACAUGUGUAUCUGAUCAGAGAUGCCGUCACCAGUGCUGAAAAGUUUGCCAGCAUCACCGAGAAUGACGCAUACAAAAUCAGCUAUGUUGAGAUUGAUAGGAUAUAUAGAUUUGACAGCGAGACUGGCCAGGCAGUCAACAUUGUUGCGGGCAACGCUAGUAAGUUCAGGAAGGAGUACGAAGCAGUAUACCCUGACGACACCAUGUUUGCCGAUAUAAGGGCCGAGGUCAAGAGAGUUGCCAGGAGCUUCAAGCCUAUGCUCAGUGCAGAGGCUAUCGAAGAAAUUGACAGGGCACUGGGCAGGAAUGCAAAAUCUGAUGCCAAGACUGGCAGCAGCGGGGCAGCGCAGAAGAACUCUGGCGAUCAAAGGCCUGCAGAGGACCCAGCAGCUGGACGCCCGGGGCUAUUCAAGAUAAUUGCAGUGUGUAUUGUUGCCACUGUAAUCCUGUACUACACGAUAAGACUGGUGAUGCCCAAGAGUCCUCCGCAGAUGCGCAGAGUUCCCAUACUAUAG